AUGGAAGGCGUGUCUCAGAUGUCAGAUGGCACUGUGGAACAUGAGACAGACAUCUUUUAUCGAGAAGCACAGCCGCCGGAGGGAGUGAGAAGCAGCGGGGAAGCGGUCGUUCUUCUCCACGAAGGGUUUUCGUCGAAAAAUUGGGAAGAACUGAAAACCAUCGGCGCCCUCGCUGCCAUGGGCCAUCGGGUGCUGGCUGUCGAUCUUCCAGCUGGAAGUUACAAAACCAGUUUGGUUUCCCCCUCCUCGAGCGGCAGCUACUCCAUCCCGUUCGUCAUCAAAUACCCGCAGGCUCUUGGUGGAUUCGUGCCCAUCGCUCCAGUGAGCACUGAGAAGCUCAAAGCAAAUGCGCCGGAACUGAUGAUUCCGACGUUCAUCACGUACGGCGAACUGGACCUGGACCUCGGCCACAGGUCGCGCGAGGUCUUGUUCGCCCGCAUCCCGACCUCGCAGAUAGUGCCGCUGCCCGACGCCAACCACGCGGCCUACCUGGAUCAGCCAGUCUUGUUCCACACAUUACUCUAUAACUUCAUUCAAAACAUCCACGCUCGCAAAGCCUAAGGCCAUUUUUUUUGUGUCGGUAUGAUUCUGAAAAAAAUAAGAUUGGUUUUAAUUUUUCUUUAUUUGAUGUUCUUAUACUGGUAGGCUCAACGUCGGUGAAGAUUUAAAAUAUGGCUAUUUUCUUUAUUUUGCCUCCACACGUUUUUUUUUUUUUUUGCUACUAUCUCUUCCCAAGAUCGCACUUGUGUAUGCCCCUUUAUUUUUUAAUACUUAUCCAA